CACCUGAUUAAUGUUGUCUUUUCUUGUGAUUUUUUUAUUUGCUUUUUUUCUCUGCUGCCUUCCUUCAUCCUUUUCCCGCUUAACCCAGAAAAACUGAUAGAGGGACUCAAAUCUCCUGAGACUGCGCUUCUGCUCCCUGAUAUCCUGCCUCUCGCUGACCCCUUCGGUAGCACGACAGAUGCUGUGAAUGGAAAACUCGACGUAGCUGUUGAGAGUCUCAUACCGGGCCUCGAGGCUCCAUUACCCCAACGCCUUGUGUCACAGACUGAGUCGAUUGCAUCCAACAGAACAGACUCUCUCACUGGGGAGGACUCUCUGCUUGACUGUUCUCUGCUUUCUAACCCUGCUGCUGACCUCUUGGAUGAAUUUGCUCCCGUAGCUUUCUCAGCUCAACCUCACAAAGAAGAUACUAACCUGAUAUCAGGCUUUGAUGCUCCUGAGGGCUCUGAAAAAGUGACAGAAGAUGAGUUUGACCCAAUUCCAGUGUUGAUAUCCAAAAAUUCACAAGGUGGGCAUUCUAGAAACAACAGUGGAAGCUCUGAGUCCAGUCUUCCCAACAUAGCCAGGUCUUUACUGCUGGUGGAUCAGCUCAUAGACCUGUAGCAGUGACACAGUAGCAGACGCAGUUUCUGUAACGUACCUAAUCCUCCGUUUUCAUUUCCAGAAGAGUUACCUUCAGUUGUGGUUCUUUUGGGCUUCCCCCCCCGCCCCCCUCCUUAAUUAAAAGAAAAACAAAUCUGCCAACAGGAGACAGUCACCCACCUUUCUCCCUGUCUUCCCAUGCCCUGCAGAAGAUUCUCUCUCAGUUCUCCAGGUAGUCUUCUCUAAAGUUGGUGGUAAAAACCUGUUGUGGUUCCUUCUGCACUGUCUUUGCUAGCCUAUGUCUAAAGGGAGCACCGUCCUUAGCUGCCCUGCUGACAUGUACACAUAGCACCAUGGAAAGCCUAACUGUAAAUUAAUCAGAUAAUCGUAGCUGAUGUAUGAUCCAUGUGUACAACAGACUCCUUUCUCCUUAGAGUAGUGCGUGAACAACUGUGUUUCAAUCUUUGCAUUUGUGUUUUUUGGAUUUGGUUUUUGUUUUGUUCCUGUUUUCUAAUGAAUGGGCAGGAGGAAGGGGACGGGUGAAAUGGGUAGGGACAUCCCUCUCCUGCAGAAUACAAGUUAGGAGAGCUGAUGUUUCUGAAUUGCCAGUAUAUGCUUCAGAGGAGGAAAAAGCACUGAACUCCUCUGAAGUAAGUCUUGCCUAGUACCUCUGGUGAUGGUGCAUAUGAAAAGAGUUUUCUGGACUGCCCCAGCUAAUGGUUUGCUGUUUAAC